AUGCAGCCAGCCCCACACACCUCAGCCUCCCGGCGUAGUCGCACCAACAGCUCCUCCACUGACAGAUCCAAGGCAGACAUCUCUCACGCAGGAAACUUCAUCCCCAUCGGUGAGAAGGUGAAGUGGAUGGAUAACUACACAGAUAUGAUGAACCGGCUGCAAGAUGCUGAUCUGAACCCCAACUACUCCGACUUCAUCGUCCCCAUCCUAGUACACAGCGCUGCAUCUACGUUUUCUGACAGUGAAAGAAAAGAAGUGCAAACAUUUAUGAAAAACUGUGUGCAGAUGACAGGAGUCGCCCCCAUCGUUGUCAUCACCAAAAAGGAGAGCGGAGAUUUCAUUGAACUUGAGAAUAAGUUCAGGCGGAUGAGAGCCGAGGAGAUUAUAGCGAUAGAGAACUACACCGAGAGAGACCAAAUCAAAACCCUGCGGAGAACCAAGGACAUCCUGACCAUCCUUCAGAAAGCCCUGGACGGAGUCAAAUACGGUCUGAAAAAAGGAAGAGACGCCCGGAAAGAAUGGGUGGAAAGGAAGAAGUUUCUACUGGACUUCAUACAUAAAGCUGACCAGGAGAAGAGAGAGCAAGAAUGGAGAAGAGAGGAAGAAAAGAGAAGAAAGGAAGAAAGAAGAGAGGAAGAACGGAGAAGAGAGGAAGAACGGAGAAGAGAGGAAGAAAAGAAAAAAAGUUGGUGGGAAAUAUUCUUACCCUUCUAAUUCUUGCAAAAGUGGAGCGCGCAGGGCCCGACGCCUUAGAAGCAGCGCUAUCUUCAUACGACUACAUGAAUGGCGGCUGCAGGAGGCGUCACCUGCACGUCAUUUUCUUCUGCUUCUGGUGAAUUGUAGAUUGGAUGUUGGGGGUUGUAGUUACCCGCCACCACUGCUAUAUCUAUAUAUAAUAGUAGAGAAGCCACAGACUCCCUGACUGGCCGCUCCUGUCUCCACUGAUCUGUUCUAUUCUGUAUUACUGAGAUCUCUGAUUAAAAGGCUUCUGACAACUGACAA